AUGGCGCGCUUUUUCAAGCUCAGUACCUUCGCUGAGGCGAUGUGCAUGUGCAUGCAAGCUGACACCUCACACUUUUGCACUGCAUGUCAGGUCGAAGACGAGAUUCUGGUCUUAAGCAACUUGUUUGUCUGGAGCGGCCGCACCGCGUGGGCUGAUCUUCAUGACGAGGACGGGGGGGGUCAGGAAUUUGGCCCCGAACUUGCAGCAAGUCCCACGGCAGCGGCUUCUUGUGCAGAGGACUCGGAUGAUUUCCAAAGUGUUGCUUCCUACUUCUCGGUGGAAGACUCAGAGGAGAUCGCGUCGGAUGAUUUCCAAAGUGUUGCUUCCUACUUCUCGUUGGAAGACUCCAAGGACAUCGCACGGUUUGAUUUCCUUCAGCUUCGCGAUCUACAGUGCGGGCAGCCACACCCUGCAUUCGCAGGACACCGCUUCUGCCGCUUGCACCACAGCGCAAUCAACCAAUCCUUUCGCCGCUCGUCCUUUCUUCCCCCGAAAGCAAAAGUGCUUGAGCCGGAUGUCCGAAUUCACGCUCCCGUUCCUUCGGGUUGGCGCGCAUUCAAUGUGCAGGGCGAUGGACGGUGCGGAUACAGAGCUCUUGCGAAAUUCUUAGGAAUUUCUUGGACGGAUGUCAUGCAGCGACUCCUUCCGUUGAUGCUGGCCGCGCAGCACACCUUCCAGCCUCAUGAGCUCAUGGCUUUUGUGAUGGCCAUGGACCCUGCCAACCCCUGCUCCCGCGCAGCUUGGCUGUCGCACCGCCACAUUUUGUUGCUCAGCCAGCUGCGCGAUUGGUUUCCGGACGGCAUCGCAGUUCGCAAACUUCACGCCGGCCUUGACUUCAUCCAUUUUCAGCCUGAUGGCGAUGUGCAACUGGCGUCUCACAUUUCUUCCGCAUCUGUUUGCGUUCUGGGACUGCUUAGCAUCCGUGCCCCCCAUUUCGUUCUGCUUCACUCUACUCCUUUUGAAAAGUCGCGGGCGGGGUUGCUUGGGCGAUCUUCUGCCUUGCCUGCGGCCCGUGCCAUGCAGCCAUCGAGUUUGGAUUUCGCCGGCGGCUCUUUUGCUUGCAUGGUGCCGACCAACUUUGAGGAUAGACCUUUGCGUUUUGCUUCCGCAGAACGGUCCUGGAGUCUUGCUCUUCCAGAGCAGCAACUUGUCACUUUCACGCUGCGCUCUCUCCUGUCCGGCGCUCACCUCUGCACUGUGACGCUGCCAGUUUCGGACCUCUGGAACAGAUCGCUCCACAUGGUUCUCAUCAAAGUCAUUGCUAAUGUUUUGCAGGCGUCGCCCUUCCACCUGCGGUUGUUUGCGUCCUCCGACGUGGUCUGUCCAACCCCGACUGGCCCGCAGCUUGCGCCGCUUGUGUCCGUCAAGCUUCUGCGGAUCCCAACGCGCAAAGACUUAGCUGACGAGCUCCUCCGAGCCAUUGACUUGAAUGACGUUGCUUGCGCUCAGGAGCUGUUGUUUGAUGGGCAGUGCCCCAAUCACCCUGCAGAAGGCACCCUGCACCCUCUGUAUGCAGCCCUGAACAAGAAGAAUGUAGAUAUGGUCCGCGCUCUCCUCCUGGCGCGCGCUGAUGUCGCUUGCCGGUAUGAUUUCGGCGGCACCCCGUUGCAUUUGGCUUGCAGGCAAAGCAUGCCAGCAGCUGUUGAUCUUUUAAUCAACGCCAAUGCCCCGGUGGAUGCAACUGACGUGGAACAAGAUUCGGCCCUCCAUGUCGCUGCAGUUUAUGGGGAUGCUGCCUGUGUUCGGCUGCUGCUUGCCGCAUCAGCGCCAGGCGCGAGCCGCAACCUCCGCCUGGAGACCCCUCUCACCGUUGCUGUGGACACAGGUGCGCCGGUUGCUGUCGUUGCUACAUUGAUGCAAGCUGCUUGGCCCGACAGCUGGCAGGUUCUUUUCCAAAUGGAUUUAUUCCAUAUUUGCCGGGCGUUGGGCUUAUGUCGUUUUCCAUUGUUUGCAACUUGCGGCGCGUUGUCUUCCCAACGAGACUGUUAUCCUUUGUUGUCCGGGGGUGUAAUCUUGCGCGAAAGCGCAGAAAGCAGCAACAUAUUGGAGGCGCUGGAGCCUGAGAUCCUCGUCCAAAUUCUGCACUACGCUCUCUCUCCGCAAACUUUCUGCUACACAACGCGCGUCUCCAAUGAAUUUUGCGAGCUAGUCCAAUCACCGCAUACUUGGCCCGGAAACUUGCGCCUCGCACCAUGCACAUGCCAGCGCCUCUGUGCGAACCUCUGUCUUCGAGCGGUUGUCCAGGCAGUGCCCCAUUCAUGUCCUUACUCCCCUGUUGCCCAUUUGACUUUCGCGCUCGCGCCGCGGCCCCGCAAUCCAUUGUGGUCCUGGCAUCACUACCAUGCUGAGCCUCAUGGCGCCAAUUUCUGGUUCACGAGUUCUGCUUCUCCUUCACCGCCGGUGUUCGCUUUGAAUUUAUCUUUUGCACGCUGUGCUGGUUUGGCGGAGUGCCCGGACUUGGAAUUGCUUCUAGGGGUUUUUGCUUCCGGCUUUUCUUCUUUGCAGGGUUUGCUUCACUUGAGCACCUUCCCCCCCGACGCCCGCAAUGUGGCUGCUGCGAAGCUCAACAUCAAUUCCGGCCAGUGCUGCUCCUUGGCCUCUUUCCUCACACAUGACAGUUUCCAAGCCAACUCAUGUGAUCUGUCGUUGGCCGGCAUCGCUCCACAAAAGUUAACUUUUGCAUGUCGCCAGCAAGACCAAAUCUGCUGCCUGUUUGGCAAUGACGGUUCUGUGCUGCUGCAGUGGCGCUGCGUCGGUUUGCCAAAGAACACGCCGUUAAACUGUUUCGUGGCGUUGCAUUCUCCAUCGGCUCCCCUGUCCAAUUUGGCGCCCGCUCCGUCAAACGGCUUCCGGCGGCCGGUGCGGGUGACACAGGCGCGCUUGCAUCAAGGGGUUGGCCUCGCUCGCGUGCUGCCGUGCCUGGACCUAUGCGGGGGCUUCUGGGAUCGACUGCCGCAGACUUGUCAGCACACAGUUUUGGCGUGUUUGUGUGCUCUUAACGAUCUUGUGACGUUCCUACAAACGCACAGAGCCGCUUGUGCCUUUCUGAUCGAUGCGAGUCAGCACAAUGCACUGGUCGCGUCUGUUUCCCCUUGCUGUUGCACGAGGCUGUGUUUGAACAAAUGCAUUGAAGCGCUGCUGUCCCAAGGUUUUCCGAUCCACAAGAAGUUCCUUUUGGGGUGUUUCAACCCGCGCUCCUUCCCUCCUCUUCAUCGAACAUGGCAAACUUUCCACUCUGUUGACUUUCGCCACGUCGUUCGGAUGGCUUCGCGCAUUUCCCCUUCAGUUUCCACGGCCGUCAUCGAGUUGUCGCCCGUGUUGCUCGGGCAGUCGCAGCUCUACUUGACAAUAGGCAUGAGCACGGGACCUCACCCUGCAGCAGUUGCUUGGCCACACCUCUUCAGCCUGCAGGCCCCAUUUUCCCAACGCGGGCUUCAGCUGGAGAUCCGAGAUGGGCGUUGCAACGGCGCGCGCUGGUGCACAGAAGUCGAGCGAAUGCAAAUGCACGCGCUGCGCCCCAUCGAUUUUUCGCGAUGUCAAACUUUCACCUUUGUAUGCUCUCCUGCAAGUGUUGCGCUGUUUGAUUCCCGUGGGGACUUGGUCUCGCUUUGUCCGCAGCCUUGGCCGGCCACAGAGUCGAAUGAGCUGAAAGGCUUCAUAGGCUUAAGGGGCGCCGCACCUUUGCCCCGCCCGGACCGGGACACCACAAUUAUUCAGCCAGUCUUGACUCAAGCUCGUCGCGAAGCCUUGCAGCUGCAGCCUCUGCUGCGUAUCGUCGGGCCACAUGUGUUGCACAUUGGUCCCUUGACAUUGACCGGCGGUGGCAAGGCGAGUGGAUCCAAAGCCGGCAGCCGCCGCCCAACCGACCCGCGUUCCACCAAGGCUCACCGCCAAGACGUGGCCAUGCCCAAACGGGCUUUGAUCAUCAAACGCAAGUGGGCCGAGCUCAUUCUUUCAGGCGAAAAAACGUGGGAGGUUCGCGGGGAGCCGACCACGAAGCGGGGAAGGAUUGCGAUCGCACAAGCUGGUUCCAAACAAUUGGUGGGGGAAGUCACCCUGGCCGAAUGCUUUCUCAUCGGUGAGCAACCUUCACCUGGCGUUUGGGUUUCCACGGGCCCUCCUUCGCAGUACAUUUGGGCACCCGACAACGCAAACAAGCAUUGCAUUACUGACCAAUCGUCGGUGAACUACAAGAAAGCCUAUGCGUGGGUCAUGGAACAUGCGCGCAAGUAUCCUGCGCCGCGGCCGUACACCCACAAACCAGGCUGCAUGAAGUGGGUUAAGCUGGAUGGCGGUAGUGUGGCCCAAUUUUCAGCCGGCGCAACCAGCGCGGCAGGCAACCCUUUGUGGUGCGACGUAGUGGAUUCCGACUCCACUGGAUCUGUUUCUGUCACCUCGGCCGCUGCUUCCGCUCCAGUGGUAUUUUGCGACGAUCAUUUCCAUUUUGAGUCUUCGCCAAGCCGGCUGCUUUCCCCGAAUCGAACGCCCGCUUCGACAUUGCUCGGCGCCAGUUACCCCGGUUCUCCGCGCCUGCGUGCUCCUCACAGUCCAACUGUUACUGUUGGGGAGGUUCCGGCGAUUUCACUGUCAGCGGCCCUCCUUCGUGACGAUGCUUCUGAUUCUAGUUCUGAUGCCUGGGCAGACGCGUUUUUGGCUUUUCUUUCUUCCAACUGCAGAGCUUCCUCGUUCUUUCAGGCGUUGCAAAACGCGUGUGGCUUGCGUUCUGCUUGCUUGGCAAAGACUUGCGCGCAGCUGGCUUUAACUUCGUCUGCGUGGCAUUGCUUCUUCUCCCAUCCAAAACGCUUUUCUUCUGAGCUUCCUUUCUCCUUCAUUCAAGACGUCCACUCCCACCUUUCGUGUGCGCCGCUACUGCUUUGGAUCCUUCCGGCCGGUGAUCUGCUUCUCUUGUCGGAUGGUUUUUGCGAGCCGUAUGAAGGCAGUGUUGUGGAUUUUCCAACGAUUGUUUUCAACUCUACCAAUGCUUGGUUCUUUCCCGUGGUGAUGACAUUGCGCCCCAUUGUUGUCCCAGCGUUGAGCUCUUGUCCCGCAGUCGGAUAUCUGCACCUUCUCGUUUUUGGAUUGGCUCCCACGCUUCUACCUCCGACGGAAAACCUUUUCCAUUGCUUCAAAACUACGCGCUUGGAAUGCGUAGGUCACUUGAAGACGCUGCGUGACACAGUAGCGUUGUCCAUUUGCCCUUGCAUCCUGGAAAUGGGCCAGCAUCUUUGUGGUCGGGGGCUCUCGCAGCUUGCUCUUGUGUUGGCUCCUGCAGAGCCUGUAGACCUUUUGAUCCUGGACAGCAACAGUUGUUUGUUCCACGUCUCCAGCUUCCACACCUUCCAGCGAAUUGAAUGGGGCGCCGCAUUGCUCCGGCUUAAGAACCCAAAUUGUUUCCUGUUCGUUUUCAUCCAUUCGACCAAGCAUUUUUUGCAAGCGCUCUUGCGCGUUCCAGGUUCCACUGGUCACGCCGAGGCUUGGCUAGGCCGGGCGCAGCCCACGGCUCAUGCAGCGUGCGUGGCGACCGUUCCAUUGAACCUGGCAGAACCCACGCUCACCGAGCGGCUCAGCCGUGAAGCGCUGACAGUUUUUACGCCAUGCGAGUUACUCACUUCCUCGCCAGACGCUGCCAGUUGCACAGCGGGUGCGUCGGGCCCUGCGCAAAUGGAAGACGACUCAGUCAAUGCCUGUAUAGCCUCGCCGGGCAAUUUGCUUCGGGGUACACCUGAAGACUUCAACCGAGCUUUUGCAGACGUGUACCGCAAAGAUCCAGAAAGAGCAAAGCUGAUCUCUCGAUACAUCCUUGCCGACCUUGCCCCCUUCCCACAUGAGCAGCUGAAAAAUGCCUUGCCGGACGUCUAUUCAAUGACAGACAACCUUGCCCAAAAAGCGGGCUGCCCCUUUGAAUGGGCUUUCCUCCUUUUUCUACCCGUUCUUGGCACUGCGUGCUCCAAAGCCAGGCUGUUCAUCAACGAAUUUUUCCUCGUGCCGCCGCUGCUUUGGUUGGGCUUAUGCCUCGACAGCGGCGCCAACAAAAGCGGCAUCAUGACAGCCUUGGCAGACAUCGUCUCUGGCUUUGAAAAGGAGUUGCUCCAAAAGGCGCUGGACGAAGCUCGUAAGGAAGCGCAGCUGGCAGAAGAGGAGGAGGAUGCACACGGUGCGGAGCCAGAUGAGCCUUCGUCAAAAAAACGCAAGACCUCCUUGUCGAAAGCAUUGGCGGCCAUCCACAACAACAAGCCCGCCUUGUUUUCCGACGAAGGCUCGUUGCCCGCCAUUGGCAUGCAAAUGGCGCACAACGGGCACCGGGCUAUUGGAUUAUAUGAUGAAGGCCGGUUCCUUCUCCGAGCGCUGGCCAACGGAGAAGGUUCCGGAUUUAAUGCCUCCACUAUGUCCAAGCUCUUUAAUGGCUCCAUUUGGAAAAGGACGGUUGUGAAGGAUAACAACCGCUUCUCCAUGCACCAGACAUGCCUUUGUUUAGCAAUGACUUUCCAUGUCGAGGAAUGGCAUGACUUUCUGGCCAAAGAUGGUGCCUUGGGCAUGCAAAGUCGGUUUCUCAUGUUUCACAGCAGCCCCCGCCUCGAGAAAGCAGACGCAGUCCUCGAACCUGCGGUGUAUUCCACGGGGGCUGCGCGCUCUCGAGGUGCGCCGGUCCUUCCAGCUUCAUUGCUCACCCAGUUUGUUUCUGUCCUCACAAGAAUCGAAAACGUUCACACUGCAAAUGCUCCUGAUUUUGAUGCGUCGCGGGAAUUCAUUCCAUAUUUCUUUGCCCCCGAUGCCUUGGAUUAUUUUCGAGAGCACUACGACGCCCAAGUUCUCACGCAAGAACAAUCAUACUUGCAGGACCCAAAGCUUUUCAGCCAUGCCGGCAAACUGAAAUCACUUCCCUGGCGUUUGGCUCUGUUGUUGCAUUCUUGGGCGCGUGCGUGUUCUGCCGCCGAUCAGUCAGGCACGGCUUGGAGCAGAGAGCUUUCUCGCGAAGUCGUGGAGCCGGCUAAAGCUAUUUUCGAUUAUUUGUCCUUGCAGUCUCAACUGCUCGCGCCGGGAUCCAACCUCGUCAGCACCUUGGACACGCACGACUUGCGCGAGCUUGCUGCGCAGAGGUAUCCGUAUCUUAUCACUUUGAUCGAAACCGACACUCUCCCAACUGCUCGCGCAGAAGCUGCCCCUGCCAAUUCGUUGCCGGAUGCUAGCCCGUCUUUCACUGUUUGGUGGGAAGCCCUUUCCCCGGACAACAAACUCUAUGCUUUCGUUGCUGCGCACUGGGUUCUCACGAGCGCAAGCACAAUCAUGGUUGACCAGGGGACCUUGCUGAAGAAACUUCAUGCAAAAGACACAGGCGUGGCAUUACCAAGAGAUGCUGCCAAGCCAUAUUGCCAAAACGCGUUUUUGCUUCUGAAAUAUUGCCAGUUGGCAGCCUUGACCAGGACCUCCGAAAAGGCGGCUCACAGGCUGCGCAAAAGAAAGCCUCCGCAAUGCCCAACUUCCCAAGUUGCAUUUUCAAAUUUGCUGCAUCUUUUCCAGCACAAGCAGGCGAACAGCUUGGCGGAGUACGCAGAAUCCUGCCUAACGGUGACCGCGUCUAUCUCCAGUCUGUAUGCUGCCGACUUGAAGGUCCUGUUGCCGCCCGAUUUCGAUGUCCCGCGCAUGGAGCAGUGCUUGCAGCUGCUCACGCAAUACGCCACUGACGCCCGCCCUUUCGAGCACAGUGCCAAAAUUCUGAAUGUCAAAUCCCAGCGCGUGGCAGCCAAGCAGGUAGCGCCUAACAAUCCUCCUCCUCUGCCUCCAGGAACCGAGAUGUUAGCCGGGGCCACCCACAGCGACGCGUGCUCUUCGUUGAUGUACCCAGGGUCCCUCAGUUUGUUGCCUGCUUUCGUUCUCGCGUUCCACCACGCGGAUCCUGCAUGUCGAGCGUCUGUGGCGCACGCAUUGCUGCAACAACAAUGUUUCCAUCUUCACCUGUCUGAAAGGGACUGCGACUUUAUUCUUGGCAAGCUUCUCCGACGUGCCCCGCAUUGGCUUGGAGCUGAGUGCCACUUGCCAAAGCACAUUCCCACGAGAUGCGUUCAACCAGACGUGAAACAUUGUCUGACGUGCCACGCACAUCUCAAAUGUGCCGCCGCUCGCGCAGUGCCUUGUGCGCUUGGCUUGCAUUGCGUGGAACAGGUCCUGCUCCUCAGCUACUCUUGCUGCUCCUGCAGUCGCUCUUAUUUUGGACCGUGGGUUGAGGGCAAAGAUGCAACUGGUGCGCGGGCUAGGAUGCUAGUGCAAGACAACCCACGCUACUUCUGCAUCACGCAAAACAUCGUCUUUGCGACAGCUUUCUUGGACCAAGUCACCGACAUUCUGCUUCAUUGCGGCGGUUCUUUCCGAGGCAUUGUGAAUGUGCUGCGGCCCAAGCUCCACAUGAAAAUUCGAACGCUGGAGAAGCAUCUCCGCGAUUCGUGGCUGCAAUACUCCGUGUGCAAGUUUUUGACAAACAAUCGCACUUCCAUCAAUUGCUUUGUCGGCAAGAAUGACAUGGAACCCUGGUGCCGUGGACUCGAAGACCAGGUGCUUCACCAAUUUCAGCGUCGCUGGCUCCUGCAACACCAGUGUUCCAAGUGCGAACGAGGCAUUCUAGGCGUGGACGGCAAUGCCAAAGUUCGUACCAAACUGUGCGCCAACACGGAUGCGGGCGUAUGGGAUUGCAGGCCUCUGAACGCCCAUUGCCUGACUGGAUGCCAGAGUGCUCCCAUUCCUGGUCGAAAAUAUUGCGCCGUGCACCUCCGAGAUGCUGACCCGAUUUUUGGUUGCGAUCUCAUUUUGCAAAUGAUCCUUUCCUUCCUCGCAACGACAGCAACCCUGCUUUCUCGCACCGAAGCUGGUCGCCACAAGUCGCCAGAUAUUGUCGCGCUUUUCCCGCUUUGUCGACGAACGCGGAAAGCGUUGAGUUUUGCUGUGAGCCACGCUAAGCUUCAAUAUCCAGUUUCGCUUCUUUCUGUCAAACGUAUUCCGCGUUCGCGGCGGUAUGCUUUCCAAACCAAGACAGGCCAAGCCUUUUCGCUAUCAAGCGCCUUGGUUCCCACGCACUACCAACAGCAAUAUGGUCAAUCCUUGUUGGAGCCCGUUUCACGAGAGUGCCAAUCAAAGCCACGCGUCGGACAUCAAGUCCAGUUCUCUGCGUCCGAGAAAAAUGACGCGUGUCGCCGGCAAUGGGAAAAAUCUCGUGCAGCACGGCGCAGUGGGGGCAUUUUAGCCGCUGUCAAGGAAUGCCAAAUCAUCAGCGCCAUCAAGCUCGUGUACACCCACGAAUCCCCAACAGGGGUCUACUUUUUCUUGGCUGAGCUGUUUGAGUUUCUGUCUGCCGGCCGCAAUGUCAAUUUGAAGACUGCCAAGCGGAAGACUCGCCUGCGAACACUUCAGCAAACCAUGCCGCUGGUCUUUUACGAUUGCGCGUGCACGUUGCAGCGCUUCAUGGCUUCCAAGAAACGACGCCGCAUGAGCAAAGUUGCUCGUACCCUCAGCCGGCUUCGCCUUGUCAUCGACAAGUUCCAUUUUCGCAAAGGGCUCAGCGGCUGCAAGCCUGAUGGCACUCGCCCGUUUCCCAAAACGUGGCCUCAGACGCAUGCCUCGAGCUUCCCCAACAUUAAUGACAGCGCAGCUGAACAAUCUUUUGCGUUUGUUCGCAAAAUUGCGGUGGCGGCGCGGCGCAUGACCCCAGUGCGUGGCCUUCUCUUCCUUGCGUCAUUGCUGCACGCUCGCAAUGUACAACUCGAACUCAUGGGGAUCAAAAAGGCAGAACUGGCAGCGGCCAAGAAGCGAAAAUUCAUGGCGCGCCGCAACUUCCAGGAUGCAGUGGAAACGCUGCCAUUUCGACGACCAGCUUCGCAGCAGCUCUAA